AUGUUGACCCCAAAAUUAUUUCCCUUCAUAACUCUCAUUUUUCUCCUCGUUCUUUCCAACUUUUAUCAAGAAGUUUUUUCUGAGACAAAUCAUCAUGAAAAUUCAACAAUAUCACCAUUUAAUUUCUUGAACAAUUUGAAGGGAAUUAAAAAAGGUCAAAAUGUCAAAGGCCUUAAUGACCUCAAAAUAUACCUUAAACAUUUUGGCUAUCAUUCCAACAAUGCCCUCGACAAGAACCUGAAUGACAACGACAACGACAACGACGAUGAUAUUUUCGACGACGAAACAGAAUCCGCAAUCAAAUCAUAUCAAAAGAAUUUCAAUCUUCCGAUGACCGGAACAUUAGACCCCGAAACCCUAUCGCUAAUGAGUACGCCGAGAUGCGGCAUGCCGGAUAUCAAAAUCCAAGGUAACAAAAAUUCAAGCCAAAUAAUAUCAAAACCUGAUUUUAAAUUCUAUUCAGGAAAUCCAAGAUUUCAAAAAUCAAGAAUUACAUAUUCAUUCAUGAAUGGUACACCAAGAAGUGGAAAAUUAGCAAUUGCAAUGUCUUUAAAGAGUUGGGGACAAGUUGGUCAUUUCACAUUUGUUGAAAUCAAAGAUUAUGCAAAUGCUGACAUUAAAUUUAGCUAUUUAAAAAGAAAUCAAAAUCCAGAUUAUAUUUUUGAUGGUCCAGGUGGAAUUGUUGGUCUAGCUAAUCCACCACCUUCUGCAGAAGUUCAUUUAGAUAGUGAGGAAAAAUAUUCAUUAAUUUCUCAUCCGAAUGCGAUAAAUUUAUAUACUGUUACGUUGCAUGAAAUUGGCCAUGCAUUAGGGCUUGAUCAUAGUACGGAUAAAUCUGCUAUUAUGUAUCCAUCUAUUAUGUAUGGUCAGAUCAAGAAUUUGGGUCAAGAUGAUAUUCAAGGAAUCAGAAAAUUGUAUAAUAUCUAA